AUGACAAGGUCACUUAAAUUUUACAUUGUUGCCAACCUGGCUGUACUACUAUUAGGGGAAAUCCAUUGCGACGCUCCGCUAUCAGACUCAGCCUCUCUACCUUUGGAACACAGGGCGGUUUACGGUCCGCCACUUUCCGGUCCUGGUUACGCGCCGCCCGCGCUGUUGCAAGGGGGCGGCGGCGGCGGAGGCGGCGGCGGUGGUAACUCGGACGAUCCGUGGCCUCUCGCCACACCGGACAUGCCGCAGAUCAAACAUUUGCAAGUGCAGUGCGAGAAGACGCAUAUGCGCGUCAAUAUAGAGUUCGAUCGGCCAUUCUACGGUAUGAUUUUCUCCAAGGGAUUCUACAGCGAUCCCCAUUGCGUUCACCUGAAACCCGGUACCGGUCAUCUCAGCGCCACCUUCGAGAUUUUCCUGAAUAGUUGCGGCAUGUCGUCGUCGGCCAAUCACAAUGCGGCCAGUUACGGCGGACCAACGCCAAGUGGAAGCUACGUUGAAAAUACCAUCAUCAUCCAAUAUGAUCCUUACGUGCAGGAAGUCUGGGAUCAAGCCAGGAAGUUGCGUUGCACUUGGUACGACUUCUACGAGAAGGCGGUGACGUUUCGGCCCUUUCAAGUCGACAUGCUCCACGCCGUUACAGCAAACUUCCUUGGAGACAACUUGCAGUGCUGGAUGCAGAUACAAGUAGGCAAAGGACCUUGGGCUUCCGAAGUGUCGGGCAUCGUGAAAAUCGGUCAAACGAUGACCAUGGUGUUGGCUAUUAAGGACGACGAAAACAAAUUCGAUAUGUUGGUGAGGAACUGCGUUGCCCACGAUGGCAAACGCGCUCCAAUACAGCUGGUCGAUCAGUACGGUUGCGUGGUGAGGCCGAAGAUCAUGAGCAAAUUCCAGAAGAUCAAGAAUUUCGGACCGUCAGCUUCCGUGGUGUCGUUCGCUUACUUCCAAGCGUUCAAAUUCCCCGAUUCCAUGAACGUGCACUUCCAAUGCGUGAUACAAGUGUGCAGAAACAACUGUCCAGAGCCAAAUUGUGGCGGACACGGUCUCGGCUUAACCAGCGAAUAUGGACCACCGCAAUUGGGAGGCAACUCAUUGGGCAGCGGCCACUUCGGCGGACAGUUGAGCUCCGAAUACGGCAUACCGCCGGCGUCCGAAUACGGUCUACCACCAGCCUUCCCAGAUCCCAGACAUCCAUCCGGACCCACCGGCGCUUACUCCGAGCCCAACCCCGACGUAGUCCCAGCGCCGCAAGCUCAAACAUCCUCAUCGUCCACCUCCAACCCGCCUAACCUGUCAUCACCGGCGCCGCAAGCUUCCGCCCAAACCGGCAACGACAUCCACUUACCUCCGCCGCCGCCACCAGGCCACCACGGCGCCUACAACACCGUGAAGAGGAAGAGCAGCAUCGCCGAUGAGUUCGAGGGUAACCUAGCCACGCUAGGAGGCCGUCCACGAUCCGUCGAAAACCUACCAGCCGAACUGCAAGGAGCGCGAAGAAGACGUAGUCCGCAAGUAAUGAACAUCGUCGUCAGCCACGUGUACAAACGCGAAGCGCAGGAAAUGACGGACGUGAACACCAGUCGAACCAUCCAGGUGGUGGCCCCCGGCGACGUGAACUUCGCCCUCAACUCCGCUCAAAGCAACGAAACCGUCGUGAUACAGUCCGCAUCGUCGGCGGAUCCGGAAACUAUUUGCAUGUCGGUGCCGAGCUUCGUGGCCGGUCUGGUCAUGCUGCUGCUCGUGCUGAUAGUCUCCAGCCUGGUGGCGGCCUUCCUCUUCGUCAGGGUACGCGCCAUCGACCGCAAGGGGGUCGCGUCACCCUACUCCCACGGAGCCAGAGGAUACGACAACGCCGAGUUCGUGAAAGUGGCCAAUUGA